UGCAGGCAGCCGGAUGGAGAACAACCCUAUAGCUCUCUGGCUUCUUUAACUGCAACUCUUUUCCAGAUAUCCCCAAGUCAACAUACUGCCACUCCAGGAUACUGUCUUCCACCAUACGUAGAUCCCACAGAAAUACACCUUCUUGGAUACAAUGUCGGCUUUCGGCGUAYGGAAGCAACCUCCUAAGCAAAGUGAUAACAAGAGCCCCUCCGUUGCAAUUAAAAGCAGACAACAGGUUAUUCAGGAUAUUAACAAACGACGGACCCUGUUGCAAGAUAACAGCUGGAUAAAGAAGAGAUCUGAAGAGGAGAGUGCUGAUGAAAACUAUGGAAGGGCUGUGCUUAACCAAUACAAAUCCCAAGACAGCCUACACAGUAACACAAAUGAAAAGGAAGAUCAGAAAACUCUGCUUGGACGAUAUAGGUCUGAUACUACCUUGGACAGAAUCUCAGAUAGAAAUGAUGAUGAUAAAAUAAAUAAGUACCMAACUCUGGAUAAUAAGCAAAACAACAGGCAAUCUUGGACUCCUACCACACCAACCACAAACACUGCUGCUACUUCUCCGAUCAAGAAAAAAAGGCAAUCUUGGCUGCCUCCACCAGUUUCAAGUUCGAAGACCACCAAAGAUACAACGGAAACCAAAGAGAUCUCCUCUUCAGAAAAUUCAGAAGCUCCCACAGUGGCUGCCCCUUCACCAGAACAGGUGACAUCUCAUAAAUCUAUCAGAAAGACGGACACAGAUGAUCAAGCUGUAACAAGAGGAAAAGACUUUGAGGAUGUUACCGAAAUAAACACUGCUUCUCAGAAAAAUGAAAUAGAUCAGGACCUUGGUCACCACAAUGAAGUAAAGCCUGCUGUUACCCAAAGUAAAAAAAGGGCAACUGGGAAAGUGUAUGAAAACGCUCCAAGUACUCCGAAUAAUCUCCCUACAAGUUAUUCUAUCAACAACGAAAGAAAAUCCAGCAAAUCAUCAUAUGGUGCCUAUAAAGAAAAUAUAACUGGAAAUACUAUCAAAACUGUUUACUCUACUUCUGAUAGGAGUAUAAUUGGAAAAGAUAUAUGUACAUACUGCAGGAAGCCCUUGGGCAUAGAUGCCAAAAUGAUCUUAGAUGCCUUGCAAAUUUGCUGUCAUUCAACUUGCUUCAAGUGUGAAGUAUGCAAAAGACCCCUGGAAGAUCUGAGAGCAGGAGACAGCAUUUGGAUUUACAGACAAACUGUGCACUGUGAGCCUUGCUAUUCCCAAGUAAGAGAAAAAUGGAUCUACUAAUUUGGAGCAACACAAAGCAAGAYAAAUAAGUUCCACUGAUGUUUAGUUAAGUGUAUAGAUUAAUUCAAACUGCUAUGGGAAAUGGUUAUUAYUACUAGAAUUAAAAUACUCUAAACGUGAAUCCUACUGAAUAGUUCCCAAAGGAAUGAAUUCCAAUAGAAUUUAAAUGGGCUUUUAAAUACAUAUAUUGGAAAGAAAAACAAAAUAUUGUUCCAUAAAUUCAUCAGAUGUGUGAAACUGCUAAAUUGCAUGUAAAACUAAUACUAAUUUAUGGAAAUGUUUUCUACAGCAGGAAAUAUCUAUACAAAUACCUAGCAAAACUUUUGCAGUGGUUGUAUUCYCUUUACUGGAGCCAUGUUUCUUCAGAUAUAAAGAACUGUUGUCUUUAAAUAACAUGGAUGGAUUAAUGUCCUCUAAGAUUCAUUAUCUAAAAGUGAGUUAUUCAGUAUAAGCUACUGCUUAUUCAUAUAGAUAGAUUCCUCCCGUGGUAGAUUCCUCCUGUGCUGUUGAGAAGAGAUAUCAAUAUUCAGGGGAGAUUGUUUCCAAGGAACUUCAGUGAUAAUUUUGAGGUGAAACAAAUCAUCUAGGCAAAAUACCUAUCUUUAUUGACUGUAGAGAAAUUCUAGACAAAAAAAAAAAAAGAAAAAAAUAGAAAUUUCAAUUUAUUAGWAUCUCACUCCAUGUUGUUAAUCCUCAGUUAGGGUUAGUACCAAUUUUUUAGCAAAAAUGUACACUCAAUAUCUGCUAUGAAGUCAUGAAAUAUAUACUUUGCAUAUAUUGAAUUAAGAAACUUGAUUCAGUUGAAGCUGARUGAAGAAACACCUUAGACGGACUAAUGACAGUUAACUUUAAACACAGUUUAAACAUCUACAUUUAAGUCACUUAUCCUAUUUUGCCUUUAUAGACAUUACAGAUGCUUUUAGGAACGUAUCAGAUGAUUUGAUCAUCUGAUCAAACUGUAAACAUCUAUUUUAUGAUGUGGUAAACCACACGCUAACAGUCUGUCUUCCUUUCCACUGGCUGCCAAUGAACUUGGCAUGAAUAACUGAUUUCUAGAUAUCGGUUAGGCCAGAACUCCUUCCUUGGACACUGCAAUUAAAGCAGUUUUUUUCUUAUGGACAGACUAUAUUUGUUAAAAUAUGGAAUAYAAGUUUCUACCACAGUCAACAGUUGUGUGUCUUCUUUGCCUAGAUGUUGACUGCCAUCCUCUGUAUUGGGAUGUUUUAGAGAGAAUGAUAUUCAGAAUUGAUUUUACUUUCUUUUUUUUUCUUUUUAUUUUUUUUACUCAGUUGUAAAGAAUGUCUUAGAUACCUGUUUCUGAACUAAUCUGGUUUUUCCCCAAAGGCUGAAAAAGUAAAGCACACAUUAGUGAAAUGAUAUACCCCUCCUGCUAGAAUAACCCUAGAGUAAUGCCGAUUGGAUACAAAAGGAAAACA